UUUAGCUCGCUGCCCUACUCUCCGAGGGCCCUGGAAAGGGCUACAAUCAAGGUCAAAGCGGCAGUGGGCCUCUUGCGGAUAGAAUCAUUGACUGCCGCCCAGCAAGAAGAGUGCCGAGCAAGCGAGCCCCCAUGAGCCUCUCCCAUGAUGAACAUUGAGACGGACGCACGGCAUGCCUGCCGUAAAAACUCGUACCAUACAGAUGUCAUUCCCCUAGGCCAGGAGACACACAAGAUCGUAGGAAUUGUACAUAUCACCAAGAAUGAUGUUUCGUCGCAGAAGCAUGAAGUCGUGGGUACGAAGAAGUUGUACGAGUAUUUUGAUUCAAAAGGAAUCGAAUUGAAAGACCACGCCCCUGACAGGAACACCUCCGUCAACAAGAUCAUCCGAGAGAGGAAUGGAAAUACGACGAACACGAACGACCGCUGGCACGCAGCAAAAAGUAUAAAAAAGGGUAUGAUGACCAUAGCCUCAAGACCAAAAAAAAAAAAAAAUGAAGGCAAAACGUGGCAUCAGCAACUCUCGGACAAAUGCCAGCCAGUACGCAACCAUGUCUACUUCGCGAUGGCCACCUGUGGCAGUGAUGCUGACACCCUAGAGGCAACACUGCUAAACUGCGUCAAUCAUUUUUCCGGUGGCCAUCGGUGUUGUGCUUCGGAAUCACAAUGCAAGGAGGUUGGGCACGUUCCGAGUACGCUGCUCGUUAAAGAUCCCGUAGCUCUCGAUCUCUUGACAAUUUUUAUCAAGUCAACGACAGUGUACAAGCACGCACACAAUUUUGUGAGGUCGAAGGACACUUUCUCCGUCGAAUCCUUCAAUAACACGGUACUCAUGUACCUGGACAAACGCGCCCACUACCAGAACGAGACAUAUAAUCUAAGACAGAGCCUCAAGGCC